GAAGUUGGCAGCUUCUGGGGGAGGCAGGUAUGGUAUGUCCGCUGACGGAGAUGAUUGAGGGGCUUGUGGGUUGUGAGUAAUCGCCCUGCGGUUCAUGUCCCAUCGGGAGAGGGGGGGGCAUGGAGAUGGGAAGUAGGUCUCGAAGAGACGGUGCAGGAUGUUCAGUUGUGGUUUACCAGACGAGUCUUGUCUCAUUGCCUUGGGUGGCACGAGGUCGGUGUCUCUUCCCGCUCCAGCUCCACGUGUUGUGUGUGUGAUUCGAUUCGCUCAAUCCGAGUGGUGAGGUCAGCUCCUGGAUCGCCCAUGUUUCUUCACUGAUGGCACCUUUUUGAGACAAUCAAGACCUCAACUUAUCCCCUGUUUUGCACCUACAACUCCCCCUUUUGACACCACAUCUGCAGACCCCCUCCUAUCCUUCCGUCCGUAGUUUUCCAGUUUCGAGAACAUGACCCCCCGCGUCUUCAUAAUCCGCCACGGCGAAACCACCUGGUCCCUCUCCGGCAAGCACACCUCCACAACCAACAUCCCUCUCACCGCCUCGGGCGAGAAGCGCGUCCUAGCCACCGGCCGCGCCCUCGUCGGCAACGACCGUCUCAUCGUCCCCUCCAAGCUCUCCCACAUCUAUGUCUCCCCUCGCCUCCGCGCCCAGCGCACGUUGGAGCUCUUGAAUAUUGCUUACCAGUCGCGCACCCCUCUUCUGAGCCCGGCUCGGGAAGGGGGUAUCCCCUGUCAAGCUGAGGUUGAGGUCACGGAGGACGUCAGAGAGUGGGAUUACGGCGACUAUGAGGGGAUCACCUCCCCCGAGAUCAACAGGAUUAGAAAGGAGCAGGGGUUGGAUGAUGGGAGGAAGUGGGAUAUCUGGCGAGAUGGGUGUCCUGGUGGGGAGAGCCCAGCGGAUGUUACUGCUAGGCUAGAUAGGCUGAUCAAGGACAUCAGGGAGAAAUGGCAUCGUCCAGUGAUGGAGGGCGAGAAUGUCGGCGAGGGGAAGAAGGGCGACGUCCUGAUCGUUGCACAUGGGCACAUACUCCGAGCUUUUGCCCAGAGGUGGGCGGGAAAGGAACUCCAUGACGGGCCAACGUUUUUGCUUGAGGCAGGAGGUGUCGGGACGCUGAGUUAUGAGCACCACAAUAUCAACGAACCUGCCAUUCUACUUGGUGGUGCAUUUGUCGUCGGGGACGAUUGAGCUGCUCGAGCUGCCACUGUGAGAGAAUGAUGGCGGUACACGUAUCAGCCGACGCCGCA